GUCCCAGAAUCCAAGAUGGCGGGGUCCAGACGGAAGGGUCGGGCCGGAGCGCGGCCGUUCAUUUGCGCCCUGCUGCUGUCUUUCAGCCGAUUCGUCGGGAGCGAUGGCAUGGGAGGCGACGCUGCGGCCCCCGGCGCCGCGGGCACCCCAGCCGAGUCACCGCACCGCCGCUUCGAGUACAAAUACAGCUUUAAGGGGCCGCAUCUGGUGCAGAGCGAUGGGACCGUGCCCUUCUGGGCCCACGCGGGGAAUGCUAUUCCAAGUUCAGAUCAAAUUCGAAUAGCACCAUCAUUAAAAAGCCAAAGAGGUUCAGUGUGGACAAAAGCAAAAGCAGCCUUCGAGAACUGGGAGGUCGAAGUGACGUUUCGAGUGACCGGAAGAGGUCGAAUUGGAGCUGAUGGCCUAGCAAUUUGGUAUACAGAAAAUCCAGGCUUAGAUGGACCUGUGUUUGGAUCAGCUGAUAUGUGGAAUGGUGUUGGAGUAUUUUUUGAUUCUUUUGACAAUGAUGGAAAGAAAAAUAAUCCUGCUAUAGUAGUCAUAGGCAACAAUGGACAGAUUAAUUAUGACCAUCAAAAUGAUGGUGCCACUCAAGCCUUAGCAAGUUGUCAGAGGGACUUCCGUAAUAAACCCUACCCUGUCCGGGCAAAGAUUACCUAUUACCAGAAAACAUUGACAGUUAUGAUCAAUAAUGGCUUUACACCAGAUAAAAAUGAUUAUGAAUUUUGUGCCAAAGUGGAAAAUAUGAUUAUCCCCACCCAAGGGCAUUUUGGUAUAUCUGCUGCAACAGGAGGUCUUGCAGAUGACCACGAUGUUCUUUCUUUCCUGACUUUCCAGUUAACUGAGCCUGGAAAAGAGCCACCGACGCCAGAAAAAGACAUUUCAGAAAAAGAAAAGGAGAAGUAUCAAGAGGAGUUUGAGCACUUCCAACAAGAACUGGACAAGAAGAAGGAGGAAUUCCAGAAAGACCACCCUGACCUCCAGGGGCAGCCGGCGGAUGACAUAUUCGAGACCAUAGGAGAUCGCGAGCUAAGACAGGUCUUUGAAGGACAGAAUCGUAUUCAUCUGGAAAUUAAGCAACUUAACCGGCAGCUGGAUAUGAUCCUUGAUGAACAGAGGAGAUACGUCUCUUCCCUGACAGAGGAGAUCUCCAGGAGAGGAGCGGGGGCCGCGGGGCAGCCUGGUGGGCAGGUCUCUCAGCAGGAACUGGAUACAGUUGUGAAGACCCAGCAUGAGAUUUUGAGACAAGUGAAUGAGAUGAAGAACUCCAUGAGUGAAACGGUCCGGAUGGUCAGUGGCAUGCAGCACCCUGGCUCAGCAGGCGUCUAUGAGACCACUCAGCACUUCAUGGACAUCAAGGAGCACCUUCAUGUCGUGAAAAGAGACAUCGACGGCCUGGUGCAGCGCAGCGGGCCAGCUAAUGAAAAACCCAAAUGCCCAGAACUGCCCCCAUUUCCAUCAUGUCUAUCCACGAUCCACUUCGUGAUAUUUGUGGUGGUGCAGACAGUGUUGUUCAUUGGCUAUAUCAUGUACAGGACUCAGCAAGAAGCAGCUGCCAAAAAAUUCUUUUGACCUUCAUUUUCCAAUAUGUACAUCAUGUAUGUAUGUGCAAAUGUUGUCUUCUGAGGGGAUUUAGUAUUUAAAUUGCUUCAUAGUCUAAGUUAUUAAAUUUUGUAUAAAAUAACUCUUGAAAACAUUCAUUUUUCAGUAAAAAUAAAUCUUAAAGACAACAUUUU